AUGUUGAAGAAAAGAAGCAGUUCCUGUGCUGAAGGCUUACUCACGCCAACUGCUCAGAUUCCACUGAAAUUGGAAGAUGUCAACAACUUUUAUACACUUACAUCUAAAGAGCUAGGAAGAGGAAAAUUUGCUGUGGUCAGACAGUGCAUAUCAAAAUCUACUGGCCAAGAAUAUGCUGCGAAAUUUCUAAAAAAGAGGAGAAGAGGAAAGGAUUGUCGAGCAGAGAUUUUACAUGAGAUUGCUGUACUUGAACUGAUGAAGUCCUGUCCCCGAGUGAUUAAUCUUCAUGAAGUCUACGAAAAUACACAUGAAAUAAUUUUGAUAUUGGAAUAUGCCGCAGGUGGGGAAAUCUUCAACCUGUGUUUACCUGAGCUGGCAGAAAUGAUCUCUGAACAUGAUAUUAUCAGACUCAUUAAGCAGAUACUUGAAGGAAUUUAUCAUCUGCAUCAGCAUAACAUUGUGCACCUUGAUUUAAAGCCACAGAAUAUACUGUUGAGCAGCAUAUACCCUCUUGGAGACAUCAAAAUUGUGGAUUUUGGAAUGUCUCGUAAAAUAGGGAAUUCACGUGAACUUCGAGAAAUCAUGGGUACGCCAGAAUACUUAGCUCCAGAAAUCCUAAAUUAUGAUCCCAUUACCACCUCAGUGGAUAUGUGGACUAUUGGUGUGAUAGCUUAUAUGUUGUUGACACAUACAUCCCCAUUUGUGGGAGAAACUAAUCAAGAAACAUACCUCAAUAUUUCUCAAGUUAAUAUAGAUUACUCAGAAGAAACAUUUGCAUCGGUUUCACAGCUGGCAACAGACUUUGUCCAGAGCCUUUUAGUUAAAAAUCCACAGAAAAGACCAACAGCAGAAAUCUGCCUUUCUCAUUCUUGGCUGCAGCAAUCGGACUUUGGAGACUUGUUUCACCCUGAGGAAACUUCCAGUACCUCUCAAGUUCAAGAUCAGAUGUUAAGGUCUUUUGAAGACAAAAGUUCUAAACCUUCUUGUAAUGGAACCUGUGCUGAUCACGAAGACAAGGAGAAUAUUCCAGAGGAUAGCAGCAUGGUCUCUAAAAGGUUUCGAUUUGAUGACUCGUUGCCUAAUCCUCACGAACUGGUUUCGGAUUUGCUCUGUUAGCACUUUCCCCUUUGAUUUAUUUAGACUGAAUUUGGAAUUUUAAAUCCACUCCAGUGUGUGAUUAUGGUUUGUAGUUUCAUUUCAUAUAUGGUAUGUUUAUACUGUAAAUGCAUUUUUGCAUAGAAGAAUUUAAGGAAGUGCUUUUAUGCUAAAUUACAUGUUCUAAGCAUAAUUUCAUUUCCUAUCUAGAUAUAUUAACUCUGUAGAGAAAAAAAAGUAUUUAAAUAUGUGACAGAAAUGUA